AUCUGCUGCGAAGUGAAAACUAGAAGGCGGUGGCGAAGUGUGAAGUCAAGGCAACAUGGCUACUGCACGGUAACUGGUCUUCCGUGACCCAAUAUUUAUCCCUUUGCAAUGUUUUAAUUUGCGGCCCGACCUUAGAAAUGAGCAUACUAUUCAACGCUGAAAUGGCUCUACUUCCUGGUGUUCCGUAUGAGUGAGAGGAUGGGUGCGUCAGCCUCCAACCCAGCCGGGGGGCUGGGUGGCCCCAGUGCCUCUGGUCUGAGUGGCCCAGGGAGCCUGGGGAGUCAGGGUGCUUCUGGUUCUGCAGUUGGCUCAACAGCCCAAGCAGCCCGCUUGUCUUCGAAUCAGAGCCCAGGCCUUGUGUCAUCUGGGACCAAUGAUCAACUUUGUUUAUUAGUCAGGGAACGGAAAAAGAAGGGUACAAGUUUUGCAACACUAAGGAAAAAGUGGAUGAGGAAAAGGCGGUCAUCAAAAGCUUGUGAUCAUGGACGUGUUCUGCGGGAGCUUGUCAGUGAUUGGGGCUCUUUGGAAUUAGGUGGUCUCCUGGAAGAGUAUGAAGCAUUGGCUGCUCUGAAGGACUUGUGUGUGCAGGCAGAGUUGGCUAGACCUCCUGCAGCCACUUAUAAACAAGAUCUCUCUACACUUUAUGACUUUAAGCACUGUACGGAUGUGGAUCUUGUUUUCCAUGGCAUCUGUUUCCCUGUUCAUCGAGCAAUCCUCUCUGCUCGUUGCCCCUAUUUUCGGGACCUUCUUGCUGGUUACCCAGUACAUGGAGCUCGAAUUAGGGUUGAGCCAAGGACAGCUGGGGUCGAUGUGGAAAUGUUUUCCUCUCUUCUUCGUUACCUCUAUACUGGAGAUUUGCGGCCCCUUGAGGGGAAUCCUGAAAGGAUUGCAUUACUACGAAGACUUGGCAACGAAUUUGGUACCUUAAACCCUCUUGAACGUGAUCUUAGAUACCUAUUAGAGUCAGGAGAUUAUGCUGAUGCCGCUUUAGUUUUCACUUCUGAUGGUGAUUGUCGACGGCCAGAUUCUGGAAGCUCUGAAUAUGGCUUCCGUCCUAAAUUAGAGCUACCAUGUCAUAAAGCAUUGCUUUCUGCACGGUCGCCAUUUUUUAGGAAUCUCAUACAGAGAAGAACAAGAUCUGGUGAAGAGCACACAGAAAGAGCCCUUCAUAUUCCCACAAGGAUUGUCCUUGAUGAAUUCGUGAUACCCAAAAGAUAUGCUCGUGUGUUGCUACAUGCCAUAUAUCUUGAUACGGUAGAUCUGUCACUGAUCCUGCGGGGCAGUGGUUGUGCUGGAAGCUCUGGCAGCCUUGGUGAGGUACAAGCUUUAACUAACACUGGACGAACCAGACCUAGUGCUCUGGAGGAGGCCAUGGAGCUGUAUCAGAUGGGUCGAUUCCUGGAACUUGACAUUGUCACUCAAGGCUGUGAAGAUCUGAUUCUAGAGUGGCUCACGUUGGAUGCUUUACCUGCAGUCCUGAAGUGGAGUAGCCAACCUCAUGGUUCUGCUUGGGUGCACCGACAAGCUCUUCAUUUUCUGCGAGAAGAGUUCUCACAGGUUGCCUCCAGUCCAGUUUUGCAUCAACUAGACAAAUUUCACUUGAUUCAAGUUCUCCAAAGUGACUUUCUUCAAGCGAGUGAGUUGGAGGUUUUGCAAGCUGUGCUGAAGUGGGGAGAACAAGAGUUAGUCCGCCGUAUGGAAGAUAGAGAGCCUAAUCUUUUGAAUCACACUGCUCACUCGGUAGCCCGUAAAGGCGUCAAGAAGAGGGAUCUUAGUGAUGUAGAGCUUCGUGAAAUCCUCUGUGAAUUGUUACCUUUAGUGAGGGUCGAUCAUGUUCUUCCACCCAAUAGUGAGGUUCUGAGUCAGGCAAUUAGAAGAGGUUUAGUUAGCACUCCUCCAAGCCAUAUGAUUGGAGAUGAUCGUCACAGUGUUUCAGUUCUUAGGUUAGAUGCGUGGGUUCGAGGCACAAGAAAUAGUGGUUUAUUUGUGAGGCCUCGCCUCUUCAUGCCGUAUUUUGAAGAAUGCAAGUCUCUGCUUGAAGAUCAUUUAGUGCCUGAUGUUGAUGUAUCGCGCAUGAGAAGAAACCGUUACAUAAGGGAUAUCCCUGACACAUUAUACAUGGUGGAGGACAAACCUCGUUCCCAAGCUGCCAAUGUCCCAGUUGAUGUGUUGGCAGCAGCAAUUCCAGUGCCUGAUCCUGCAACCAUGUCAGCAAUGUUGAAAAGGGAAGUGAAGUUGCGACAGAGUGUCAGUGUUCAAAGGGCUGUUUCUUUACCUCUUUCAUCACGUCACGAAAUUAACCGCCAAGUACGGUUAAGGGUAGUUCGAGAAUUCAAUUUACCUGAUGCAGUUGCAGAUUUGUUAGAGAAUGCUGCUUGCUACUCCAAUACUGAGGAAGAAACAGAUAUGACUAUGGAAACUGAAACUGAUCAUAAUUUACAUAGUAAUGCUGCCAGUAGUUCUACAUGCCCUGUCAGGCGUGUAACACUACCUCGCUCUCACAGAGGAGAACUUCCUGCAGUUGUUACUGAGGGUGACUCGUAUCGUAUACCAGGAGAGGCUGGUAGUAGCUCUUGCAGUGAUGGUCACUUAUCGGACAUCAUGCCAGACGUUGCCAUGGCGACGGCAUCCUUUGGACAACUGCAACUACAAGAACAAACUGAGCUGGAGCUAGAUCUCGGGGAUGGUAACAUGCAUACUGGUCCUCUUGGCCACCCAUCUCACUCUCAACAGAUGGCAAUGCAAAUGCCACAAGGUGUUCACCAUGGUCAUGGCCAUGGCCAUGGCCACCCUCUGCAUCCACUUGCCCUGGGCCCUGCCCCCGUCACUGCCCACAGCCAGCGCCAGCGCUACAGGUACUUGGGGGGAUGUCCGCCUCAGGGAGUCCCGCCCCCUUACUCACACCACACUGGUCCUCCCCGGUUCAUCUAACAGUGACUCACUCACAUUACAGUGCUUCAAUGUUUUUUUGUUGUUGUGAAAGCUAUGUUGGUUACUGGGGUGGACUUGUGUUUAUUCUUGGAAUGUUUUUUUGUUUAUUGUGUGGGUGCCUGUGAUAUUUGUUUUAUUUGUCAGAGGGUUUUUAAGAAGGCUGUGCAUUGUAUUUUGUACUGGCCUCUUACAUGUACAGUGUAUUUAUUGUAUCUAAAUUUGUCAAAUUUGUUUAGACAUCACAAAUUGAAUAUGUUGCAACACAGUUAGAUCAUGACAGAUUUUUUUCCUAGAAAUGGCUUUUGAACUUUAUGUUUGUACACAAGUAGAGGUAAAAUACGGUUUGGCAGUUAAAAUAUAAAUUUUACAAUUGGCAUCGGCAGCUGACUAUUUCUACCACUAGGAAAUUUGUUAUUUCUUUUUAUUAUUAUUUCUUUAUCUUAUGUUAAUUAUUACACUGUAUGUGAUGUGAUACUUAAACUGCAAGACAUUAUGGAGUCCUCUAUGUAUUUUGUUUUUCCUAUGUGAUGUUGUUUUAUUCUUAUCCAUUCUGGCUUUGGUUAUGAAAAAAUGUUUGUUAUUCUUGAAAAUUAUCUUGCUUGAUAGCUGCUUCUUGUUUAAAAUGUUGUCUUUAGUAAUGUGUUAUUUUCAUUUUUCAUUUUCUGGUUUACUUAAAGUUGAAAGGCGCAAGUAAAAAUUGUGCUCUUGUAAAAAAUAUUCUGUUGGCUUUUUUAAAAUUGAAUCUCAUACUUAGCCUCCUUGUUGUUUGGUUUUCCUUUGCUCUGGAGGUUAAGUCCUUGCUUUUAUGAACCUCAAUUGUGAGAUUCUGUUAAUAAUCAUUCAGAUAUUUUUUACAAAAUUAGGAAAAAAAAAAGUAAAUGAAGGCACUAUUGUGGUGGAAUAGCAGAUUGCAGCCUCUUUGUCAAGCCAUAAACAUCUAGGACUAUGGAGCUUUGGAGAGGAAACAUGCUUGGAGCUCUUCUUGCCAUCUGCUCCAUUUUGCUUUUUUUCCCCUUUUCACUGUACGUUUGGGUUUUAAGAAAGGAAAAGGAAAGGAGAAGAUCUAGGUGUUGACCUGUGCAAAUCCGUGUAGUGGUUGGUUGUACCUUUUCUUACUCCACCAGAUACAUUAAGUCUGCAGGGCUUGCUGUGCUGUUCCAUCUAAACACGGUGUUGAAACAAUCAGCUUUGUAGUACAAGCCAAAUAUGUAAUGUAUGAGUUUUCAUUGCGACUUAGGCCAUACUUUUGAUUGGAAUCUUAGUAUGCAGAUAGGUGUAUGUAAGUUUGUUUUUUCUUAAGACUGAUUUCGUCUCCUUGGUAUAAAGCAGUUUUAGUCUUGCUCACGGUCAACUGAAGUGCUUUCUCAUCGUGUUUUCUUUUCUCAUGUUAUAACAGGGAGGUUUUCCAUUGGACAAUUUGGCUUCCAUUAUUUAAUAUUGUACGUGAUAGAUUCCCGUUGUACAAAUACUUUACUGCACCAAUCAACCAAAAUUUAUCCUAUUUUUUAAGCGUCGAAAGAAUCAUUGACAAUGAAAUAAACUUUGUAAUUAGGGCCAGAAAAUGUAAUCUGCUGUUGAUUUCUUGUGACCAAACCUUAAUGUAAACCCUUUUAAAAGUACUUCAAACUGUAGAUAUUAUGUAUAUUUAAAGUUUUUAUGAUAAUUUUAAUUAUUGUGUGUACCUACCUUGCCAAAGGACUUGGAGGGCUGAAUGUGUUCAUCAGUUGUAUGGAGCAGAAAAUGGAAUUUCAUUUUCAUUUAAUAGAAUAAAAAUUUAUUCCUAUUAAUACAUACCUAUAUUUAAAUAUAUACAAAUACAUAUUUAUAAAUAUAUAUAUGAAAAUUAUACAUAUAUGUAUAUGUCUAUAUGAACUAGAAUAGACUGUUAAGAUUGUAAUUAUGCGUUCAGUGGCCAUCACUUGUGUGUCAGAGUGCUUUAAGGAAACAAAUGCGUAUGUUCUAAUGUACUGGAUCAUAACAUUAUUUUGGCUAGCCAAAGUACCGUUAGUAUGUGUAGCUUUUGAUUCUUCUAAUCCAGCAAUCCAGCUCUUGAAACAGGUAUUCCCACUCUGGUGUAUGGCUAAAAUGUCAUUCAAUACAAGCUGUCAAAUUCUUUUAUAUUUGUUUAUUACUCUGUAGGAAUUCAGCAGAGGGUUCUUAUUUACUUAUAGGCUUACCUUAUUUUUAUAGCUCCUUCUCAAAUGUACCAUACUGAUUUCUUUUCUUAAAAAAAAAAAGUUGUGAAGGUUAUUUGUAAAGAGUACCUUUUCUGGUUAUGGUUUGAAUGACUUUCACAUAUUCCACUUGUGCUUAUUGAACAAUAGUUCUUUUUAGAUUGAAAGUACAUUAGAACUCAUUGACCAUCCCUCUUUUACUGUGGUGUUAAAAAGGGAUGCAUCUCCUGUAGUCGCUGACGGUAUCAGUGUUGCAUGAGUACCUUUCAACUCAAUCCAUGUAGUUUUUGUUUUCUAUCAUGCUCUUAUGUAGUAUAUGUUGGGUGGAAUAACAUGCAGUUUUGCUCAUUGAUGGUAUUGGGGGAAAAUGAUAUAACAAAGUCCUGCAACACAUGUCAUGUUUUGUGUAAUUUGUAAAGUUGUGAUAUUUAAUGAAUUUUAUUACAGUACCUAAUAGUCUCCUCUUAUUAUUAUUUUUCUUUUUGGAAAUGAAAGAAAGCUAAGUAUUUUUCUCUCA